AUGACCGAAGAUGAUAAGAGGAAUUGCUGCUUGUUGGAAAUACGGGACACAGAAGACAAAUAUUACAAGACAUUGGAAGACAUCAGAAUGAAUUACAUGGUACCCCUGAAGCAGUUACUUACGCCUGCCGAGACUGCUGUCGUUUUCAUUAAUUUGGAGGAGCUCAUAAAAGUCCACUUCAAUUUUCUGAGGACCAUUGAGAUGUCCAUCAUGUCCGGUGGCAGCACCAUUGGACAGGUCUUCCUAGACUACAAGGAGAAGCUUCUCUUAUAUGGAGAGUACUGCAGCCAUAUUGAAUAUUCCCAGCAGACGUUGGACCAGCUUAUGGUUAUGAGGGAGGAUGUAAAGAUGAAAAUUGAGGAAUGUUCUAUGAAGGUUCAAGAUGGAAAGUUCAAGCUGCAGGAUCUGAUGGUGAUUCCAAUGCAGAGAGUACUCAAGUAUCAUCUCUUGCUUAAGGAACUUCUCAGUCACACGUCAGACUGUCCAGAGAGACAGAUACUAAGAGAGGCUCUAGAAGCCAUGCAGGAUCUAGCAAUGUAUAUUAAUGAAGUCAAAAGGGACAACGAGACCCUGAAGAAGAUCAGCGAGUUUCAGAACUCCAUAGAAAACCUGCAAGUAAAACUGGAAGAGUUUGGAAGACCAAAGAUAGAUGGAGAACUGAAGGUCCGAUCAAUGGUCAACCAGGCGAAGCAGGACAGGUAUUUGUUCCUGUUUGAUAAAGUUGUCAUUGUGUGUAAGCGAAACGGGAACAACUAUGAGCUGAAAGAAAUCAUUGAACUGCUGUCCCAUAAAAUGACAGAUGACCCCAUGAACAACAAAGACAUUAAGAAGUGGUCAUACGGCUUCUUCUUGGUACACCUACAAGGGAAGCAGGGCUUCCAGUUCUUCUGCAAGACAGAUGACAUGAAGAGGAAGUGGAUGGAGCAGUUCGAAAUGGCAAUGUCAAACAUCAAGCCAGAGAAAGCCAACGCCAACCACCACAACUUUCAGAUGUUUACCUUUGACAAGACAACUAGCUGUAAGGCCUGUAAGAUGUUCCUGAGGGGCACAUUCUACCAGGGCUACUACUGCUCUAAGUGCGGGGUUGGUGUACACAAGGAGUGCCUUGAGACGAUCCAUCCGUGUAAAAUGGCACUUUUACAUCUUUUAUGGUAA